AGGUCCCGCAGCCGCAGAAAGAGGUCCCGGCCCUACGGAGGCGGUGGACGGAUCGUGAUCGCACUGUAGCGCCCCGGGGAGCAGCAGGGCCCAUGGACACCUUCAGCACCAAGAGUCUGGCCCUGCAGGCCCAGAAGAAGGUCCUGAGCAAGAUGGCGUCCAAGGCCACGGUGGCCGUGCUCCUGGACGACACCAGCAGCCAGGUGCUGGACGAGCUGUACCGGGCCACCAAGGAGUUCACGCGCAGCCGCAAGGAGGCGCAGAAGGUGGUGAAGAACCUGGUCAAGGUGGUCGUGAAGCUGGGCGUGCUGCUGCGCGCCGGGCAGCUGGGCAGCCGCGAGGUGGAGCUACUGGGGCGCUUCCGCCAGAGGGCCCGCGGCCUGGCCCUGACCGCGCUCAGCUUCCACCAGGUGGCCUUCACCUUCGACCGGCGCGUGCUGGUGGCCGGGCUGCAGGAGUGCCGUGACCUGCUGCACCAGGCCGCCGGCCCGCACCUGACCGCCAAGUCCCACGGCCGCAUCAACCACGUCUUCAGCCACGUAGCCAACUGCGACUUCCUGGCCGCGCUCUACGGCCCGGCUGAGCCCUACCGCUCCCACCUCCGCAGGAUCUGCGAGGGCCUCGGCAGGCUGCUGGACGAGGACAGCAUCUGACCCCCGGGCGGCGUCCGAGACUCGGCCCGACCCUGUCCCUCCAGCCAAACGCGCUGGGCCACCCGUCCCGGCUCCUGCAGCAGCAGCUCCCAGGACCCGUGGCGCCCUCCUCCCCACCCUGUGUGAUAGGCAGGCGCCCAUCAGGCCCAGGUGCUUCCCGCCCAGAGCCACUGCCUGCUCAGGCCAUCUGUGGUCCUCCCCGUUCCACGUCCUGGGCUGACCGCAGGCCACCCGCCUGCUCCCCUCAAACCACUGCAUGGGUUUCCAAAGCAGGGCUUCCCGGUCCUGGUGCUGGACACCAGUCACCCAAGCAGGUCACUGAAGGAAAGGGUGCAACGGGUCAAACUGUCCCCCAGUCCACGUUCCCCCUGGCCCUGGGAGGGGCCGCCUCUGGAAGGGGUGUCCCUGUCAGCGCUGUCCCCAUAUGGGGAACGUGGGCCCAGACGCACAAGCGAGGACAUCAGGUGAUCGUGGAGGCACAGCAAGGUGACAUUUCAACAAAACAAGGUGCUGAGGACCGCUGGCCAACUCCGGAGGCCAGGACAAAGUUCAUCCCCGACUUGGGGUGGGGCAAAGCCAUCUGAGCGUGUCCUUUAAUCAUAAUUUCAUGAUGGAAAUCAA